GACAAUCCAUCCUAAAGAAUACUACCGAAAGUUCUUUGAACAAAAUGUUAGACCGGAUGGUCGUGAUCUUUUGGGGGUCCGCGAUCUGAUAGUGCUAAAGGGUGUGAAUAGGCAUGCGCAUGGGUCAAGUAUAGUCCGCCUGGGCAACACGACUGUCAGUUGUAAUGUUCUGGGCGAGUUCUCAACGCCUUUAGAAGAAACGCCGAAGGCUGGAUACUUUG